AUGGGGACCCCAAAUGAUCAGGCAGUGUUGCAGGCCAUCUUCAACCCUGACACCCCAUUUGGAGACGUUGCUGGGUUGGAUCUGGGAGAGGAAACAGAGGAGCAAAUUGAUGGAGAUGGAAUUUUUCCCCAAGAGCAGCUGGAGCAGUCCAAGAACCUGGAGCUCCAGGGAGUGAUGGCAGCAGAGGCUGGGGACCUCAGCACAGCCCUGGAAAGGUUUGGCCAAGCCAUCUGCCUGCUGCCUGAGAGAGCCUCUGCCUACAACAACCGAGCCCAGGCCCGACGACUCCAGGGAGACGUGGCAGGCGCCCUGGAGGACCUGGAGCGCGCCGUUGCGCUGAGCGGCGGCCGGGGUCGCGCCGCCCGUCAGGGCUUCGUACAGCGCGGGCUCCUGGCGCGGCUGCAGGGCCGGGACGACGACGCCCGUAGGGACUUCGAGAGAGCAGCGCGGCUGGGCAGCCCCUUCGCACAGCGCCAGCUGGUGCUGCUCAACCCCUACGCCGCGCUGUGCAACCGCAUGCUGGCGGAGAUGAUGGGGCAGCUACGCGGCACCAGCAACGGACGCUGA